AUGGCCGAAAUGGAUCCUCCUCAGGACCUAGGGGAUGGAUCACCUGCAAAUAAACGGCCAAUUGAUGUUGAGAUCGCAGGACGCAAGAAGUUCAAGACUGAGGAUCUGCCCUUUACUCCCGUGCAACAUGCAGCCAUGGACAAACUCCGCCAUGCGUUUAAGAAGAAGGGCUACUUUGACCUUGUUCGCAAGCAGCUUUGGGCAGGAUUCAAUGAGGGUGAACCAAGGACCAUGUUCACCAAUGAGCUGCUCGCUCUCGCCGAAUCGGAGAUUGACCGCGAACCGGCACUUCUUUCCCGUGAGCGAGGUAAAGCCGCGACACUGAUUGAAGGAGCCGUCGAUCGUGGCGACGUUUACAAGAAUGUAGAGAACUCGAUCGAUCAGCUUGCACUACAACACGCCGAUUUCAUCCUCGAGUCCCUUCGCGAAAUUCGCCGUCAAGAAGUUGGGGAGGAUGUUGCUGCGCGCGAACUGGAGUCAGGGAACAAAACCGAUGCAGACUAUGACGCCCUUGUGAAAAUCGACCAUGACAGGCGGGAGAAAAUAUGGCAGGAAGAUAAGCGCAAAGAGAUGGAACUCGAGGAAGAACAGAAACGAAUCAAAGAGGAAGACCUCCGCAAGAAGCGCGAAUUGGAGCGACAGAAGGAAGACGAAGACAGGGCCCGAAGAAAGGAGAUCGAUGAACAGAGACGGGCUGACCGCGAGCGCCUACGCGAAGAACAACGACUCCUUGAUGAUCAGCGCGAAAGAGAACGACAAGAAAGAUACGAUCGACGAAGACGAGAAGACCGGGAUCGGGAUCGGGACCGCUACUGGGACCGUGAUCGCAGCCGAACCCGUGACAGAGAGCGCUUCCGUGAUCGUUCUCCUGAUUAUCGACCAGAGCGUAACCUAUCUCCGCGUCUCCGGGAUAUUAAACGGGAGAAGUCAAUCGCCUCAAAAGACCCGACUCCCGCUCCAGUGGACGAAAAGUCAUUGGAGGAGGCCGCACUACAGAUGCUCCUCAAAGAAGGCGAAGAGCUUGCAGCGAAGGCACGAAUAAAGCCAGAGUUUGAUUUCGAAGAGGCCGAAGCUAUUGAGAAUGGCCUGAAACCGGCAUCAGCAGCGAACAAGAGUGUCAACGACAAGUACUCUGGUGCCUCAACUAGAGCGGCCAGUCCGUCACGCGAUUCAGAGGCCAGGCGCCGCUCAACGACAGAUCGUAGAGAGCGGUCCCGGCAUCUGAUGCGUGAUCGAAGCCUGAGUCGCUCACGCAGGCGACGCACACCUCUAUUUGAUCGCCGUGACCGGUCUAGGGACUCUGUGAGAUCCCGUGAUCGUGACAUGGACUCGCGUCGUGGUUAUCACCAGCUCGUCGGAGCCGCAGUCGCUCUGUGGCCCGGCGUGAUCGAGCACCGUCUAAAGACCGCGACCGGGAUGCUGAUCGACGACCUGAGCGCAGCCGCGAGCGAGAACGGGAAUACGAAACCUACCGCCCUCGACGACGAAGCCCCCGAACUUCUCGUUCACCUGUGCGUCGAGGUUCACGUAGCCGCCGCUCACGAAGCCGUUCGCGGUCUCGCCCUCGAGCCAGGGCCCGGGACCGGUCUAGAUCUCGUUCAAGGUCCGUUCGACGCCGCUCACGCUCUCGGCGUCGCUCUCCUUCGCCAACUCUUGAUAUUGACCGUUAUGUGCCUUCCACGAGCAAUCGAAGCAAGUCACCUCGGCGCCGGGUUAGGACCCCAGAGAGAGAACGAGAACGGGACCAACGACCAAGAAUGGGUGAUAUUGAUCGAUACAUGCCGCCCUCUGAACGAGACGACGAGGAGGCUCCCAUCAAGGAAGAAGGCGAGGCCGUCGCAGACAAAGAGAUCAAGAAAGAACUGGAUGAUGAAAAAGAACCGGAGAAGCCGACGCCAAAACCGAAAGAAAAAGACACAGAGGACCAACGAUCUCGCCGUCGAAGUCCCAGCCGUCGAAGAAGCCGUAGUCGCAGGCGGAGUCCCAGCCGCAGACGGAGUCUCAGUCGCCGGCGAAGCCCUAGUCGCAGAAGGGAUCGCAGUCGCCGCAGGAGCCCUAGUCGUCGACGCAGCCGAAGCCGCCGGAGAAGUCCAAUUCGUCGGCGUAGUCGCAGUAGAAGGAGGGACUGGAGUUAAUACCCUGAGCAAUGAUUUUACUCUGUAG